AUGGAGACUACCGAUGUUAUUAUCUGUGGUUGUGGCCCGACGGGGGCCAUGUUAUCGGUACUUCUUGGGCAACAUUCCGUACCAAACGUUGUCCUGGAGAGAGAAGCUUUCGUGAACCGUGAUCCUCGCGGAAUCGCGCUGGACGAAGAUGGUAUCCGCUGUCUGCAGGCCUGCGGAAUAUACGACAAAGUCUUUACCGAUAUUGGUCAAUGUAUGGGCAGAUUCCGAUUCGUCGGGGGCACUCAUAACGACCUGAUGACAAAGCCGUUUAUGGUCAUGGACUACAAUACGACUGAGGGCGGUACUGGGCAUCCGGGAUUCGUUUGUCACAAGCAACCAGCCAUUGAGAAGCAUCUGAGGUCACGGAUUGAAGAUCUCGCCGACUCACAGCUGCGCCUGACCGCGACUGUCACGUCCAUUUCCGAGGACGAGGACUGGGUAUACGUCACCUACACCGAUGCAAGUGGUCAAGAACGACGAAUGCGAGCAAAGUUCCUCGUUGGCGCAGAUGGUAAAACGGGAUACACAAGAAAGAAGUACCUGGAGCCCAAGGGAGUUUUCAUGGAGAAAGUCUCGCAGAUGUCGUAUGAAGAGACAUGGGUGGCGCUGAACUGGAAGAUCACUCCACCGACUCCAGAGUCGCAUCCAGACUUUCCGCUUUGGAAGAAGGGCUACACACCAGAAAUGGUUUACGACGCCUUCUUCCCGUCGGACUUCCGAUUCCUGUGCAACCCUAAACGUGCAGCGGUCUGCGGCCGUUUCGGGCUGAAUGAGGACCGGCUCUGGAGAUUCGAAUUCGUUGUUCUUCCGGGAGAAGAUGGGAAUGUGAUGGCAGGCCCGGACAAGAUUCGAGAGAUUGUAUAUCCUUACAUCACCCAUACCGGUCGGAAAUACGGACUGGACUCCGAGGAGAUACAAUUUCCGAGCGGUUGCAUUGAAGUGCUGCGGUCGCGGCCCUUCAAUUUCUCUGCUCGAAGCUGCAACAAAUGGGCGCUCAAUCGGGUCAUCUUAUGCGGCGACGCCGCUCAUGUAUUCCCGCCGUUUGGAGGUCAAGGAAUCGCAUCCGGAUUUCGGGAUGCAAUCUCACUGGUUUGGCGCUUGGUUCUAGCAACGCGUCAACCGAGCCAGGAAGCUCAAGAAUUUUGCCGUGCCCUAUUCGAAGGAUGGUACACGGAACGAAAGCAGCAGCUGGACAAGUCUCUGGCUUCCACCAUUGAAAAUGGCAGUUAUGUGACCCAGGCAGACCCUGUCAAGAUUUUCUUCCGGGACUGGUACCUUUGGUCAAUCCAACUAGUGCCCACAUGGAAACGUCAAUUAGAGCAAGGGAGUCGAAGGGGAGGAAUGACACAGUACAGUUGGGAGGCCGGAAAAGGAAUGGCUUUUUUGGCCCACAUGGCAGGAGGGUUUGACUUUCCGCAGGUCUAUUGUGUCAACCUAAACGACGAACAGGGAAGCCAAUCAGUCCAGUUCACCGACGAUGUCAUAUUUGCGCCAGGAAAGAAAGGCUUCUUCCAAAUGGUUGUGUUCUUGAACUCGGUCUCUGAUCUACAAAAGGCGCAGAAGACCAUGGAGGGCUUAGAGGAUGCUUGGGAGGGAGUUUUACGACUAGACGAAGCGACAUACUUGGUGGGGGAUACAGAUCAUCCUCCUGCAUCCAUCCAGGGGACGAACAUCUACCGCUUAGCUACGGGUCAGGAGUUUGCAGCACAUCCGGUGCUGUGCGCCGGCCGCCCUGAUCCACAGUACUACGACCCGAGCAGAAUCAUGCGAGAUUCGAGGAACAAACAGUUUGUGAUUCUACGGCCGGACCGUUUUGUCUUUGCAGCAUGCGACAAUCGUUCCGAGCUUCGCGAAGCGGCAGCUGGACUGUCCUCGAUACGUCUCUGA